AUGACUAGUAACAGUUACGUUCUCACUUUCCUCGGCGACCUCAUGCUGGGACGACUGAUCGACCAGCUCCUUCCCCAGCAUGUCGACGAGCCAGAAGAAGCCAGACACGCAGCACAGAUCAAGCGCACCUAUCCACACCUUCGUGAGUACAACGUUAGUACACCUUGGGGCAAUACACUGGACUUUCUCAAGAAGUCCGACUUGGUACUUGGUAACCUCGAAACAGCCAUUACGACUCAUCCACGCCAAUGGCCUGACAAAGUCUUCAACUAUCGUAUGCAUCCUCAGAACGUGCAGAGCCUCAAAGUUGCGGGAGUCGAUUAUGUCAGUCUAGCUAAUAACCAUACGCUCGAUUUUAGCAAAGAGGGUCUCUUCGACACUGUGGGAGUUCUCGGACAUGCUCGGAUUGCUUAUGCAGGAGCUGGCCGUACUGUGGAGGACGCUCAGAGGCCAGCAGUACUGAAGCUCAAGCCUAAGGCAGAUACAGCUGGAGCGCAGCACGAAAUCCACCUGUACUCCUUCUCAGACCAUCCAGAUGACUGGUCGUCGAUCCCUGAGUUCAACUUGAUUCGAUACGACGGCUAUCAUCGGGCGAUGCUGAAGAACGUCCUGGGAAAGUCGUCUACCAAACCUGCGGUGAAGAUUGUGUCAAUGCAUUGGGGUCCCAACUACGCAUGGCAUCCUGACGCUGAUAUUAAAUCGCUGGCUCACUUCCUGAUCAACGAAUGUGAGGUAGAUAUCAUCCAUGGUCACUCAUCACAUCAUGUGCAAGGUGUCGAGGUUCUCAAUGGCAAGCUCAUAAUCUAUGGAUGCGGCGACUUUAUCGAUGACUAUGCUGUGAAGGCUGCCUAUCGAAAUGAUCUGAGUGCUGCUUGGAACGUGGUUGUUAACGAGUCGCCAGAUGGCAAGCUUGAAUUGCAGAAGCUUGAGAUCUUCCCAAACAGAAUCAAAGCGUUUCAGGCUGGGUUGCUUUCAGUUGAGGAUGCAGACCAUGACUUCGUGUGUGGAAAGAUCAGGACGUUGAGUGCUGACAUGGGCACAAUCGUCGAAUCUCAAUUAGGCAGCGAGGGACAGCUUGUGGUCAAGAUCGUCUGA